AACCCACUAUCCUUCCUCCACCAACAACCAAAAAAAAAAAAAAAAAAUAAACUAAACCAAAAACCAAAACCAAAAUGCUCCCCUCCCCUCUCGCCCUGCAGGUCAUCAUCCUGGCCCCGCAGCUCAUCUCUCUCUCGUCCUCGCCCUCCCCGGACCUCUCGCUGUCCGCAACCGUCCACAACCCAUCCAGCAGCCCUGUCACGGUGCUGCGAUGGAACACGCCGCUGGACCCUCGCGCCGGAGUCCUCGGCGUCUUCGAGAUUCACGACGAGCGUGAGAACCAGACCGUCCCCAUCGACACCAUCAAGUUCAAUCGCAAGCUGCCUCCCUCGGACGAGGACCUCGUCGAGAUCGCCCCCGAGAGCUCCGUCAAGGUCGAUGUGCAGUUGCCGCCCGUGAAGCUGCAGGCUGGGCGCGAGUAUAGCCUUAAGGCGAAGGGUCGGUGGCAUGGCAUUUGGGAGGGUGGGAAGGCGGAUGUGGAUGGGGUGAUGUUGGAUAGUUUGGAAGGGGUGGAGAGAGGAGAGUUUGAGUCGAAUGUGGCGAGGGUCAGGGUUGAGUGAUCCUGUUACUUACUUGGUCUUGUAUUAUCUUGCGUUUAAGUGCCUGACGACGUGUGGGGAUGUGGAUCAGUUGUUGUAGUGAUAUUGAUGAGACAAUGCAUAUGAACGAAGGUGUUUUCAAUUUGGACCAGAGGUGUGUCCUUGGC